UUUGACUUGGAAUUUUCGGUGUGUUUGAUAGAAGGAAUUCAAAUGGGCGCAGAGCAGUAAUACUUCAAAUUUAGUCGUUAAACAAACAAGUUUAUGACGUGAGGGGUUUAAGCGCGGGUGCCCAAUAUGGAUUAUCCCGAAAGACUGAGACUUAGCGCAACCAUUUAUGGUGUGGCGGAAAAACCACAAGAAAACUGCUCUUAGACAGACUUUCUUUACUAUUAAUUCGCUACCCAGAAAAGAGAGCUUCAAGGAAAAUAGAAAAACAAGAGACAGUAUUAAAAUGACACUAAGAUAGUGACAGAAGCGCAAUAGGUUUACUUUGUCGCCGUAGCUCAGCGGUGAGGAGCAGUGACACGCCUAUUCACGGUUAUGGAUUUGAUAUCCAAUCGCGACUCUCUUAACUGAUAACAAGCUGUUGCCCUCAUUCCAAGAGCUCUUUUUGCUAUGCGGUUCUUUUGUAAAUUGUGCUGGUAUCGCUUAAUGGGAAAUAGUCAACAUCAACGUAAACAUGUGCCUGAUUUUAGAAGGGGGUUUAUUAGCGAACUCAACUUAAAUGCUAUUCUAGUUUCAAAGGACUGCCAUGGAACCUUAACGAAUUAUAGAAAUUAUGGGUUUUUCUAAAGAUAAAAGAGACGCGUACUUUCGACUUGCUAAAAAGGAGGGUUGGAGAUCAAGAAGUGCCUACAAACUACUUCAAAUUAACGAAAAGUUUAAUAUUUUUUCAGGCGUACAACGUGCGAUUGAUCUAUGUGCGGCUCCAGGUGGUUGGAGUCAAGUUUUAAGUCGAAUUUUUGCUUUACAGAGUGUUUCUUCUGAAAGUGUUGAAAGAGGGCGUUCAGACUACAAAGUUAUUGCCGUUGAUUUGCAACCUAUGGCGCCUCUACCCGGGGUCACACAAAUUCAAGGAGACAUAACUAAAGAGUGUACUGUUAAGACUAUCAUGGAGUACUGCCAUGGAAGGAAAGCUGAGUUAGUUGUUUGCGACGGGGCUCCGGACGUAACCGGCCUGCCCGAUGUUGAUGAAUACUAUCAGGCGCAACUUCUUCUUUCUGCCUUAAAUAUAUCCUUAUUGGUUUUAGAAGAAGGCGCAACUUUUGUUGCUAAGAUUUUCCGUGGAAGAGAUGUAACUUUACUGUACUCCCAUUUAAAACAGUAUUUUGCUACUGUUACUUGCUGCAAGCCCAGAUGCAGUAGAAAUUCCAGUAUUGAAGCCUUCGUCAUAUGCCAGAAUUUAAGAAUACCCCCGGCUAUGACGCCGAAUAUAAAUUUUCCUUUACUCGAUCACUUAUACGAUGACAACUGCAACACACUAGAGGGGCCGCACCGAGUGACUGCCACUUUCCUUGCUUGUGGCGAACUGAAUGCCUAUGACUCGGACUCUACGUACGAACUUGAG